AUGGACUCGGUCUUCGACCAGAGAAAUUUGAAGGUUUCCAACGGCAGGUUUUUGCCGGAGAUGUCUGCAUAUCCAUCUGAUUUUUGGGGGGAUAGGUCGAUCCUCCGACGGGGACGCUUUGUGAAGAACGAAAAACGGCUGCAGCAAAAUUUAGGAAUUGUUACAAUCGUGAUUAAUUAUACAUUCGAAAGAAAAAAUUACCUGGAGAUUAUUUUCUGCGGUGCGAAGAGGCGAAGAAGACGGUGGAUCAGCCGCCGGUGCCAUUCCGAUCUCCGCACUCUGACUAGUGGCUUGCUCUCUUUCAGUUUAGGUAAAAGGACGACGCUGGUUUUGGCGGGAAACGGACACAGUGGGGUGGAGCCAAGUACAGAGGAAAACAGAGAAGCCAACAAGGAACAACAAACACCACACAUUUGGGCACGCUUAAAAACAAUAAGAAGAGCUUCUGAACGAACCCAAAGCCUUCACCGCGCCUGCCCUGAGUACGUACUGGUGAUCGCGGCUAUGGCUGCUCCAACCAGUGGGCCCACCCAGAAUAUCCACUGCACCAAAAACAACAAAAUAAGGUGUUUGUUGAAAUGCCUGUGUGGAGAAAGAAGUAAGCAAACUUACCUGAUCGUCCCAUGCCUCGUCCUUCCCAAAUAUCACGGCAGCCCCAAAGCUCCGUGCCGGGUUGAUGCCAGUGCCGUCCCUGGCGUUUCGUUUUGGGUCGGUGGCGGAGAAGACGGUGUAGACGAGGACGAAGGUGCCGAUGAUCUCUGCCGCCAGGCCGGUGCCGGUGCUGUAGCCAGCCGCCAGUGA